AUGAAAUUUUUGAAUUUUACAUGUGAAAUUACCAAUUACAUUCUCCAAUUACAACUGGAAUCGCUUUCAUAUUUGGAACUAAUAUUGACCAAUCACAAUAUGUUCACAUAUUACAAUUUUCUUUCAGGAUGUUAUGAAGUUAAUUAUAAACCAGCUACAAUUAGAGAUUUCCCUGCAAUUUCCCAUGGUUUGUUUACGAAGUAUUAUGAAUUUCCGUAUAUGGCUGCUUUGGGAUGGGAUUCAAAUGUAUGGGAAGGUACCUAUGAUUACAAAUGCGGCGGCGCAUUAAUAACCCCAAAUUAUGUACUGACUGCGGCACAUUGCGUGUAUUUAAAUGGAAUACCACCGUCUGUAGCUCUGCUAGGAGGAGUAAAUUUAACGGAUACGUCCUCUGCAACACCAAUAAAAGUCAUAAAUGUAACCAAACAUCCCAGUUACAAACAUAAUCAGCCUUACAAUGACAUAGCUUUGCUGAAAUUGGAAAGGAAUGCUACAACACCUUGGAUAUGUCUAUGGAACCAAUAUCAAACGAUACAAAUGAAUGUUACAGCUAUUGGUUAUGGAAAAGAAUUCUUUGCUGGUCCAGGAUCUGAUACUCUUUUGAAAGCCUAUUUAUCCAUUAUGCCAAAUGGUGAAUGUACUGAAUACUACAAAAACGAUACAACUUUGUCACAAGGAAUAAGGGAUACUCAACUUUGUGCCAGAGAUACCAUUAGAAAUAGUGACACCUGUCAGGGUGACUCAGGAGGCCCAUUAAUAAUGCGUAUUGGAUAUUUGAAAACCUAUUUAGUAGGGAUAACGUCAUUUGGACAAGGCUGUUCAUUGAAUAUACCAGGCGUUUAUACAAGAGUCUCGGAAUAUCUUGAUUGGAUUGAAAAAAUUGUUUAUGGAUGA